AUGGAAAUCGUUUUGCCCAAGCCAGAAUCGUUCAUCCCUGCAGAAGUAAAACCCAUUUCUCCAACCUUGCUGUACCGAAGGCUUCUCAAGCUGUACAUCCGCAAGUUUGAUACGGAUAAAAAAACAAUAAUCGCCGCAUGGAAGCAGACAAGGUUUGAGUUCUGGUAUCAUCGAAACGACACGCCGGAGGUGGCUCAGUUGCACAAUAUUCGUGGUCAGCAGAUAUACGAGGCCAUUCGCGCCGGGCUGAUUCCUGUCUACAGAGAUAGCAAGACAAAUAAGACUUUUUUAAAGUAUGACUCUGAUACACUAAAGGCGUCCCAUAACCAUAUUGACCCCGUGGACGCCGAAGAGUUUAUUCGCCGCUAUCAUGACAAGAUCCCCGCCGAGGAUGUUGCUGAGAUGCAGGCCACGUUGAAAAAGUUGGGACGCUGGAAGGGGCCGAAUGAGCUUCGUGACGAGGACUUACACCACUUUAAGAGGAAGGUCACCCGAAAGAUGAAGUGCACGGACCCAGACGAUUGA